AUGCCUGAAAUGAAAGAUCACGCCUCAUCCCAGCCGGUGAAGCGUGGGGGCUCCAGCUCGUUCAGUCGUCUUGAGAACAGCAGCCCUUUCUCAAGAAUAGACGCAACAGCUACUAAUUCGACGGAAGCUUUGCAAGCUGGUGUUGAUGAUCCGCUGUCUGUACUUGGAGCUGGAGAUGUGGAGGAAUCUGGAGAUGUUUUCGAAAAAAAAGAUUCUGAGCUGUCACACGGGGAUGGUGAGGACCCAGAACAAACUGCCGGACAGCCGUCUGUCGAGCUACCGGAGCAAUUCGCGGAGCUUCCCAUAGAGCUGGUCAGCCUGACAGACAGGUUCAUCUCCUCUCUCAGUGCGAAAACGUAUAGCACACCUCCGUCAAUAGAUACGCUCUCGGAAUUAUUUCAAGAGUUCUACGUCAAAGCUGACUCUCAUAUCGCAACGCACGUUUCUACUCUAGCAUCCCGGCUACAUCGCGACAGCUCGGCGGCUUCUCUUCAGUCACAAGCGUCAAGGGCUUCAAGACGCCCACCUAGCUCCCAUGGCUCACAAAAGGACACGCCUGAGCAACAGAUGCUCACAGCUGAGGAAGUUGCGGAAAAACGCAAAGCUCGAAAGCUACUCCAGUUCAAACAGCAUGCGCUCGAAGAAGCUGUUGAACGGAGGGCGUGUGAAACCAUAUAUGACAAGAUCUGGCGUCACCGGAGUACUAUAGACGACGUUCGAGAUGAAAAGCUACGCUCUAAGACGGCGGCGUUGUUGGUGAUGGGGAUCGAACUGAAGGACCUUGGAGUGGACAUUUCCAAGCAAGGCGCUGAAGAAACGACAGAUCCAAAGGAGUGCGUUGCAGCAGCUCGUCAGUGCUUGAUACAGAUGAAUGAUGAGAAAUACCCACUCGGGAAACUCCAGCACCUUGUAGCUGCACACAAAGCGAUUGUAGACGCGUUGACGAAUAUUCUUCCAUCAACAUCAUCCGCAGACGAGAUUCUUCCUACUUUAAUCUAUACCCUUAUCCUCUCACCCCCGGAGGGGGUCAAUAUCAUUAGCAACCUCAAUUUCAUACGGAGAUUCAGGUCGUCAAGUAAAAUUGAUGGUGAGACUGCAUAUUGCCUCACAAACUUGGAAGCAGCCAUCGACUUCCUGGAGAAUGUCGAUUUAACAAACCUUCGUGUGGAAGAAGGCCGGACGCCUAUCGAGCAGGCCGAUAUAAACCUUCUCCACCCUUCAACCAUGGAUUCCAGCUCAAACGAGCCUCUAGAGAAAAGUCCGUCUACUGUCUCCGGUGGCACUAACACGACAUCAUCUACGAGGCCUCCGCUACCCACCAAUCCCUCUGCCCAACAGCGGCUAUCUGACUUAUUUCAACCCCCAGCAAAGGCAUUGGGAGCAGCAAAUGACAUUGUACGAAAUACUGCAGACCAGGGCCUAAAGAGCAUUAGCAGUACCCUGGAUAACAGCUUCACAUUCUUAUUCGGAAGGUUAAGGGAAGUCCAGAUAUCCCAGGGAGAAAAUGCGCAGCAUGGCACACCUAUUGUUCCUAAGACCCUUGAUGAUGCCCGGAAACUCGUGCAGGUCAAAGCCGGUACCGUGCCGCCUGACGAGGCCAUGAGUGAAGAAGGAUCGAUGAGGGGAGACCGGACGCCUACGCCUACGCCUUCUAUUUCUUCCAGGCAAGCUCUUGAUGACCGGUUGGCUGAACUGGUGGGUGGUCGAAGACGACCGGGUCUCCCUAAACGCGACUCAAGCACCAGCAGAUCCGAUACAAAGGGGUCAGACGGCACCGCCGCUCCUACUUCCACUUCCACUCCGCAGGCUUCAUCUAGCGCCGCUACUGCAAGCCAAGGGUUUGGAUCUGUCAGAGGGUUUGGGACCUCUCUGAACCCUCUUAGCCAUUUCCCUAAUAUGAUCCGUGGCCUAGCUCGCGCGCCUGAUCCCCCUCUAGCGCCUCCUAGUACCAGCACCAGUAACAAACCAUCAGGUCCUUCUCCCACCAAAGUGGGCCCUGGUAUUCAGAAAUUCUUGGAUAUGGGAGAUGUCUCUGAGUUAAAGGUAGGGGAUAUACCUGAAUUACUGGAAGAUUACAAACGGCUAGCAGCUAUGUUGAAGGCCCAACAGAAUAACUAA